UGACAAGGGAUUUUGGAUAUAGUCUGGAACAGUCUGCCUCACUAGGUUUUGUUCAGGGGCAUGACAGUUAAAGGGAUGGAGAACGUAGAAGUGUUCAACUCUGAGGGCAAAGGGAGAGGUCUGAAGGGGACUAGUGACUUCUGGGCCGGGGAUGUCAUUUUUGCAGAACCUGCUUAUGCUGCAGUUGUGUUUGACAACUUCACGCACACGGUAUGCCACUCAUGCUUUAAAAGGCAAGAGAAGCUCCAGCGUUGUGGACAGUGUAAAUUUGCCCACUAUUGUGACAGAACUUGCCAGAAAGAUUCCUGGGUGAAUCACAAACAUGAGUGUGCAGCAAUCAAGAAAUAUGGUAAAGCUCCAAAUGAAAAUGUCAGACUUGCUGCAAGAAUUAUGUGGAGGAUAGAAAGAGAAGGAAGCGGCCUCACCGAGGGUUGUUUAGUCUCCAUAGAUGAUUUACAGAACCACAUAGACAACUUUGAAGAAGAAGAGAAGAAUGGACUCAUGGAAGAUGUUCAGAAUUUUCUUGAUUUCUGGCCAAGUCAGAGUCAGCCGUUUGGCAUGCAGUAUAUAUCUCACAUCUUAGGAGUGAUAAGUUGCAAUGGUUUUACCUUGAGUGACCAGAGAGGUCUGCAAGCUGUUGGUGUUGGAAUUUUCCCAAACCUUUGUCUUGUAAAUCAUGACUGCUGGCCCAACUGUACUGUGAUAUUCAACAAUGGCAAUCAUGAGGCUGUUAGCUCAAUGUAUCACACACAGAUGAGAAUUGAGCUUCGUGCACUUGGGAAGAUCAACAAAGGGCAGGAGCUAAGUGUUUCCUACGUAGACUUCUUGAUCCUCAGUGAGGACCGGAGAAAGCAACUGAAAAAGCAGUAUUACUUUGACUGCACAUGUGAAAACUGCACCAAACCUACUAAGGAUGACUUGAUGUUGGCUGUGAAAGAAGGAGAGGAUAAGCCAGCAGAUAAUGCGGUGAAAGAAGUUAUACAAUUUACAAAGGAAAGUAUGGAAAAAAUAGACAAAGCACGUUCUGAAGGAAGUUACCAUGAGGUAGUAAAAAUUUGCCGUGAGUGUUUGAAGAGACAAGAACCUGUUUUGGCUGAUACAAACAUUUAUAUGCUGAGGAUCCUGAGCAUAUCUUCUGAAGUGUUAUCCUACCUACAGAUGUUUGAGGAGGCUGCAGAUAAUGCAAAGAAGAUGGUGGAUGGAUACUUGAAAAUCUAUCAUCCAAACAAUGCUCAGCUUGGAAUGGCAGUGAUGAGAGCGGGAGUUACCCACUGGCAUGCUGGGCUAAUUGAAGUUGGACAUGGCAUGAUUUGCAAAGCUUACGCCAUCCUCUUAGUGACUCAUGGACCUACUCACCCUAUAACCAAAGACCUGGAGGUGAUGCGCGCCCAGACAGAAAUGGAAAUUAGAAUGUUUCAGCAGAAUGAGUUUGUUUAUUACAAGAUGCGAGAAGCUGCCCUGUCAAACAAACCUUUCCAUGUCAUGGAAGAACCCAACAAUGAGACGUCAGGCACCAUUUUUCACAAGAAGCAAUAGAUAGCAGCUGUUACUUCUGUAUUCCAGCUAUUUGUAACUGUUAAAACCAGCAGGAAUACUCUUGAACAUUUGUUUAUAACAGUAUAACUUUGUAUUUUAAUGGAUACUGAUACCUACAAAUACUCAACGUCAUAUUUUGAAAUAGAAUCUUCAGCAUCUUCAUAAUUAAGGAGAGAUCAUGUUGGUCAGAGAUCUGGUCCAAUAUUCACCUGUUGAAGGACAGGAACUCUGUGAAUAUCUUGACAGUAUAGUCCCUGCGCAAUGAUGGAUAUGACAGUAUAGGCCCUACGUAAUGAUGGCUACAAUGACAGAAUAGGCCCUACGUAAUGAUGGAUACAAUGACAGUAUAGGCCCUACAUAAUGAUGAAUAGCCUGCAGUAUAGACCCUACAAAAUGACAAAUAUACUGACAGUAAAGGCUCUAUGCUAUGAUGGAUACCCUGACAAUAUAGGUCUUCUGCAAUGAUGAAUACCCUGACAGUAUAGGUUCUAUGCAAUGAUGAAUACCCUGACAGUAUAGGUUCUAUGCAAUAAUGGAUACCCUGACAGUAUAGGUCUUCUGCAAUGAUGAAUACCCUGACAGUAUAGGUUCUAUGCAAUGAUGAAUACCCUGACAGUAUAGGUUCUAUACAAUGACGAAUACCCUGACAGUAUAGGUUCUAUACAAUGAUGAAUACCCUGACAGUAUAGUUUCUAUGCAAUGAUGAAUACCCUGACAGUAUAGGUUCUAUACAAUGAUGAAUACCCAGAUAGUUUAGGUCUUUUGCAAUGAUGAAUACUCUGACAGUAUAGGUUCUAUACAAUGAUGAAUACUCAGAUAGUUUAGGUCUUUUGCAAUGAUGAAUACUCUGACAGUAUAGGUUCUAUGCAAUGAUGGAUACCCUGACAGUAUAGGUCUUCUGCAAUGAUGAAUACCCUGACAGUAUAGGUUCUAUACAAUGAUGAAUACCCAGAUAGUUUAGGUCUUUUGCAAUGAUGAAUACUCUGACAGUAUAGGUUCUAUACAAUGAUGAAUACCCAGAUAGUUUAGGUCUUUUGCAAUGAUGAAUACCCUGACAGUAUAGGUUCUAUGCAAUGAUGGAUACCCUGACAGUAUAGGUCUUCUGCAAUGAUGUAUACCCUGACAGUAUAGGUGCUAUGCAAUGAUGAAUACCCUGACAGUAUAGGUUCUAUACAAUGACGAAUACCCUGACAGUAUAGGUUCUAUACAAUGAUGAAUACCCUGACAGUAUAGUUUCUAUGCAAUGAUGAAUACCCUGACAGUAUAGGUUCUAUACAAUGAUGAAUACCCAGAUAGUUUAGGUCUUUUGCAAUGAUGAAUACUCUGGCAGUAUAGGUUCUAUACAAUGAUGAAUACCCAGAUAGUAUAGGUCAGUGAUGGCGAACCUUGGUACUCCAUAUGUUUCAGAACUACAUUUCAUGCUUAGGCACUAUGAAGUCCAGUCAAGCAUCAUGGGAAAUGUAGUUCUGAAACAUCUGGAAUGCCAAGGCUUGCCGUCACUGGUAUAACCCUCUGCAAUGAUGAAUACCCUGACAGCAGUGCUCCCUCUAAGGUACUGGAUUUCAAACCUAUCCUCAGCCCUCCUCAACAGGCCAGAUUUUCAGUAUUACAUUGAAUGGAUGGUAAAAUAACUAGGUUUACUAAUCAGCUGAUUAUUUCACCUGUGCUCUAGUUCAGAUAUCCUCAAAAUGUGGGCUGUUGAUGACAGGUUUGAAAACCAGUGCUCUAAGGCCAGAUUUUGUGAGCGGCCCAGCAGUGAAAGAGUUAAUAGUUAACUGCAGGUUGUGAUUCACUAAUUAACUGUUUCACUGCUGAGCUACUAACAAAAUCUGGCUUUAGAGGAAACACUGCCUGACAGUAUUGCCCUCAGCAUUGAUGAAUACUCUGACAGUAUAGGCUCUAUGCAAUGGUGGAAUAUCCUGACGAUAUAGGCCCUCUGUAGUGGUGAGUACCCUGACAGUAUAAGCCCUCUGUAAUAGUCAAUAUCCUGACAGUAUAGGCCCUGUGUAAUGGUUAAUACCCUUACAGUAUAAACCCUGUGUAAUGGUUAAUACCCUGACAGUAUAGCCACUAUGUAAUGAUUAAUACUCUUACAGUAUAAGCCCUCUGUAAUGGACAAUAUCCUGACAGUAUAGGCCCUGUGUAAUGGUUAAUACCCUUACAGUAUAAGCCCUGUGUAAUGAUUAAUACCCUGACAGUAUAGGCCCUAUGUAAUGGGGGAAUAUUCUGACGAUAUAGGCCCUCUGCAGUUGUGAGUACCCUGACAGUAUAAGCCCUCUGCAAUGGUGAAUGUCCUUACAGUGUAAGCCCUGUGUAAUGGUUAAUAUCCUUACAGUAUAAGCCCAAUGUAAUGGUUAAUACCCUGACAGUACAGGCCCUGUAUAAUGGUGAAUACCCUGACAGUAUAAGCCCUAUGUAAUGGUGAAUAUCCUUACAGUAUAAGCCCUAUGUAAUGGUGAAUAACCUGACAGUAUAGGUCCUGUGUAAUGGUGAAUAUCCUUACAGUAUAAGCCCUAUGUAAUGGUGAAUACCCUGACAGUAUAGGCCCUAUGUAAUGGUGAAUACCCUGACAGUAUAAGCCCUAUGUAAUGGUGAAUACCCUGACAGUAUAGGCCCUAUGUAAUGGUGAAUAUCCUUACAGUAUAAGCCCUAUGUAAUGGUGAAUACCCUGACAGUAUAGGCCCUAUGUAAUGGAGAAUACCCUGACAGUAUAGACCCUAUGUAAUGGUGAAUACCCUGACUGUAUAAGCCUUAUGUAAUGGUGAAUACCCUGACAGUAUAAGCCCUAUGUAAUGGUUAAUACCCUGACAGUAUAAGCCCUAUGUAAUGGUGAAUACCCUGACAGUAUAAGCCCUAUGUAAUGGUGAAUACCCUGACAGUAUAGGCCCUAUGUAAUGGUGAAUACCCUGACAGUAUAGGCCCUAUGUAAUGGUGAAUACCCUGACAGUAUAAGCCCUAUGUAAUGGUGAAUAUCCUUACAGUAUAAGCCCUAUGUAAUGGUGAAUACCCUGACAGUAUAAGCCCUAUGUAAUGGUGAAUACCCGGACAGUAUAGGCCCUAUGUAAUGGUGAAUACCCGGACAGUAUAGGCCCUAUGUAAUGGUUAAUACCCUGACAGUAUAGGCCCUAUGUAAUGGUGAAUACCCUGACAGUAUAGGCCCUAUGUAAUGGUGAAUACCUGUACAGUAUAGGCCCUAUGUAAUGGUGAAUACCCUGACAGUAUAAACCUUAUGUAAUGGUGAAUACCCUGACAGUAUAAGCCCUAUGUAAUGGUUAAUACCCUGACAGUAUAGGCCCUAUGUAAUGGUUAAUACCCUGACAGUAUAGGCCCUAUGUAAUGGUUAAUACCCUGACAGUAUAGGCCCUGUGUAAUGGUGAAUACCCUGACAGUAUAAGCCCUAUGUAAUGGUGAAUACCCUGACAGUAUAGGCCCUAUGUAAUGGUUAAUACCCUGACAGUAUAGGCCCUAUGUAAUGGUUAAUACCCUGACAGUAUAGGCCCUGUGUAAUGGUGAAUACCCUGACAGUAUAGGCCCUAUGUAAUGGUGAAUACCCUGACAGUAUAGGCCCUAUGUAAUGGUGAAUACCCUGACAGUAUAAGCCCUAUGUAAUGGUGAAUACCCUGACAGUAUAGGCCCUAUGUAAUGGUGAAUACCCUGACAGUAUAAGCCCUAUGUAAUGGUGAAUACCCGGACAUUAUAAGCCCUAUGUAAUGGUGAAUACCCUGACAGUAUAAGCCCUAUGUAAUGGUGAAUACCCUGACAGUAUAGGCCCUAUGUAAUGGAGAAUACCCUGACAGUAUAGGCCCUAUGUAAUGGUGAAUACCCUGACAGUAUAGGCCCUAUGUAAUGGUGAAUACCCUGACAGUAUAGGCCCUAUGUAAUGGUGAAUACCCUGACAGUAUAAGCCCUAUGUAAUGGUGAAUACCCUGACAGUAUAGGCCCUAUGUAAUGGUGAAUACCCUGACAGUAUAAGCCCUAUGUAAUGGUGAAUACCCGGACAUUAUAAGCCCUAUGUAAUGGUGAAUACCCUGACAGUAUAAGCCCUAUGUAAUGGAGAAUACCCUGACAGUAUAAGCCCUAUGUAAUGGUUAAUACCCUGACAGUAUAGGCCCUAUGUAAUGGAGAAUACCCUGACAGUAUAGGCCCUAUGUAAUGGUGAAUACCCUGACAGUAUAGGCCCUAUGUAAUGGUGAAUACCCUGACAGUAUAAGCCCUAUGUAAUGGUUAAUACCCUGACAGUAUAGGCCCUAUGUAAUGGUGAAUACCCUGACAGUAUAAGCCCUAUGUAAUGGUGAAUACCCUGACAGUAUAAGCCCUAUGUAAUGGUUAAUACCCUUACAGUAUAGGCCUUAUGUAAUGGUGAAUACCCUGACUGUAUAAGCCUUAUGUAAUGGUGAAUACCCUGACAGUAUAAGCCCUAUGUAAUGGUGAAUACCCUGACAGUAUAAGCCCUAUGUAAUGGUGAAUACCCUGACAGUAUAGACCCUAUGUAAUGGUGAAUACCCUGACAGUAUAGGCCCUAUGUAAUAGUGAAUAUCCUAACAGUAUAAGACCUAUGUAAUGGUGAAUACCCUGACAUUAUAAGCCCUAUGUAAUGAUGAAUACCCUGACAGUAUAAGCCCUAUGUAAUGGUGAAUAUCCUGAAAGUAUCGGCCCUAUGUAAUGGUUAAUAUCCUACAGUAUAGGACCUGUGUAAUGGUUAAUACCCUGACAGUAUAGGCCCUGUUUAAUGGUUAAUACCCUGACAUUAUAGGCCCUGUGUAAUGAUUAAUAUCCUGACUGUAUAGGCCCUGUGUAAUGGUGAAUAUCCUGAAAGUAUCGGCCCUAUGUAAUGGUUAAUAUCCUACAGUAUAGGACCUGUGUAAUGGUUAAUACCCUGACAGUAUAGGCCCUGUUUAAUGGUUAAUACCCUGACAUUAUAGGCCCUGUGUAAUGAUUAAUAUCCUGACAGUAUAGGCUCUAUGCAAUCAAUGAGUACCCUGGAAGUAUAGGCCCUUUAAUUUAUCUGCAAAUAGUUUGCAUUGCUGUACUUAAUUGCUGAUUUUGUAUUAUAUAUAUAUAUGUAAAGAAUGCUUUAAUGUUUCUUUAAAAUGCAUUUCAGUGUUUGAGUAGAAGUAUUUUUCCAAUAUACACAUAUCAGCAAAAUUACUUUUACUAAAAAAUGUCACUGUUUAUAGCUAGAGCUUUUACUGUGCAAAUGCACGUUAAACAUUUCUGGUCUGUGCAUCUGCAAUCAAAUACUGCAUCAUACACACCACUGUAAACUAACAAUGCAUAUCUAGAUAUGCUUCAAUGCACAGUAAAAGAUCUAACUUUUUACACAUUGCAUUUUGCUAAUGUAAGUGUAUUGCAAAAAUACUUCUAUUUAAAACUGAAAUACACUAAUGUAUAUCUUGAAUUCCUCACCAUUUUGACCCUGAGGAAUUAGAAAGCACUGCUCAGUAUAACACCCUAUCUACCCAAGUGCUAACACUACCUGGCAACCCUCACAUCCAGCCUUGCUACAAUUUUUCUUUUUUGCGCUGUUUUUAAAUACUUGCUCGUAUCACUCCUGCAUUGUAUGUAAGAUCACUCAGUUUUGCAACCCAGUGAAUCUAUAAAGCUAUUCAUCAUUAGAUCUAUGCCAUUGUUAUUCCUUGUUAACUUUUUUUUGGUUUAAUAAACUGUUCUUCAACUAUGUUGGCAAUGCUCAUCCUCUACAAUUUAUUGAACAAUUGAAUGUUAGAAAAUAAAAACUUGAAAACUGCUGGUAACUAGGUAUGAGUGCAGGUUUUGCAACAUUAGAAAAACACAUUUGUUUGUUUGUUUGUUCCAAAUAUUUGUCCAACAUUCUAACAUUCGUUUAAUGUAAUAGUAUUUCUAAUGCUUUCUUUAAAUGUAAUAUUCAAAUUAUGUAAUAUUCCAAAUAGAAACAUUCGAAUUGAUAUAUUUGUAUCUAUUAUGUAUUCAUUUACUAAAUUCCCUACCACAUGAACUAUUGAACUUCUGAAUAGUAUUUGUGACACAGCCCUCUCGUGGUUCUCUUCCUACCUGUCAAAUCGUACCUUUAGUGUAGCCUUCUCUGGGGCCUCCUCUGCCCCGUCACCACUUUCUGUUGGGGUACCGCAAGACUCUUUCCUCGGUCCCCUUCUCUUCUCAAUCUACACGUCAUCAUUAGGUUCCCUAAUAAAGUCCCAUCGGUUCCAAUAUCAUUUGUAUGCAGACGACACCCAAAUCUACUUCUCUGCACCAGACCUAUCUCCUUCCUUGCUAACCCAUGUCACUAACUGUCUUUCUCACAUCUCUUCCUGGAUAUCCUCUCACUACCUCAAGAUAAAUCUCUCCAAAACUGAGCUCCUUAUUUUCCCUCCUUCUUCCAAAAUCUCCACCCCCAAUCUCUCUAUAACUGUCGACAACUCCAUCAUUAGCCCUACCCCGCAUGCCCAAUGUCUUGGGGUCACACAACUCAGAUCUUUCUUUCACUCCUCACAUUCAGUCCUUGGCUAAAUCCUGCCGCUUCUACCUUAAAAAAAUCUCUAAAAUUAGACAUUUCCUUAUUACUGCAACUCUAUCCUCUCUGGUCUCCCCAGCUGCCGCCUAGCUCCUUUACAAUCCAUAAUGAAUGCCUCUGCCAGGCUCAUCUUCCUUACACGUCGUUCUUCAUCUGCUGCACCCCUCUGCCAAUCCCUUCACUGGCUUCCUCUUGCCUCCAGAAUUAAACACAAAAUUCUCACUCAUGCAAAGCCCUCAACUGCACUGCUCCCCCCUAUAUCUCAGACCUUGUCUCCAGAUACUCUCCCUCCCAUCCCCUUCACUCUGCUCAUGACCACCUCCUCUCCUCCACUCUUGUUACCGCCUCACACUCCCGCUUACAGGACUUCUCCAAACUGGCUCCCAUCUUGUGGAGCUCUCUGCCUCGCUCCACAAGACUCUCCCCUAGUUUUGAAAACUUCAAGUGCUCCCUAAAGACUCUACUGUUCAGGGAUGCAUACAACCUACACUAUCCUUUCUUUAUACUGUUUCCUCUCCUCCAUAUCCCCUUGAACCCCCUUAGCAUGUAAGAGCCAUGCUGUUUGUAGAUCACCAGCUUUAGAGCUGACUACAACAGUGCGACUCUUGGCAGGGCCCUCUACCCGUCUGAUCCCUAUAAAUGUUUCCUUGUAGUCCACCUAUGUUUAUAGCGCUGCGGAAUCUGUUGGCGCUCUACAAAUAACCGAUAAUAAUAAUGUUAAAUUCGAAAUUUCAAAUGAGGACAUUUGAUCUAAUUAGAAACAUUGGAAUUCAAAAUGACAUUUGAAAACUGUAAAUAGCAUUCUAUAAUAGAAUUUUUAAGAAUAUUCGUUCUUAUCAACAUUCGAUUAUGUAAAUCGAAUUUCUACAAUAACAUUUGUUGUAACAUUUAAAUUUGAAUAUAAACACAUUUGCCCAUCCCUAUUUGUAAUCAUAUAAAACUAGCUGGAGCACAUUCAUACCAAAAUGUCAGGUAUGAUUCUCAUAUGUCAUAUACUCUAUGAUAUUGUUUUUUUUGUUUGUUGACUGAGAUAUAUAUAUAUACACGGUAUUAACAAUACUCUAUACAAUUGCCUCAUUUUAUAGAAAUCUGUUCUUUCCAAAAAUGUAACAAUAAAUACUACACCGGAAUCUUUACAGUGUAAAAUUAUCUGGGUUUAACGUAUGAUCUCAGAAAUUUAUUGCCAUUAGGACACCUUUAAAGGGACGGUAAACACCAACAAUAUUUUGACAUCACCGCUAUACUUUUAUUGACAGGCAAGCAAUAAAGGGGAACAACUAUUUCAUAGGACACAUAUUACAUGAUGCACAAAUAUUACUGACAUUUGCUGUGGCUUUACGUAGGUAUAUUAUCUAUACAGACACCUUUGUUGAUCUAGCAGUAAAAUGUUUUGCAAAUAUAUAUAUAUAUUUUUUGUGGCAAUUUCAGUUCUUAUAUUCAGACAGGAAAUGUAUGUAUAUUGCUGCCAUGGACAGUUUUAAAAAUACAUUAAACUAAAAAUGUGUAUUUAAGUAA